AAGAAUUCUUAGGAAGCACUUUAUUCGUUAUUCAGUUUCCCAAGCCAGGACGUUUCCCGUGAAAACUAUUUCCAAUUUCAUCUUAAAAUCACAACAAAUCUUUUGUCACUUUUCUCACUUCACCACCACAACUUCCUCUCAGAUCUUUCCCUUCCUUAUUUUCUCUGACCUUUUUUUUUUUUGUGUGUGGUAAUUCAUUUGCAUACUUCCUUUCUCUUCCAAGCAUUCCCAUUUUUUUUAUACAAAAAAAAAAAGUACUUUCUUUUUGUUCUUUCUCACAAAGAGGGACAGAGACUUCAAAGCCAUUAAUCCAUGGCCAAAAGCUCCUUCAAGCUUGAACAUCCCCUUGAAAGGAGGCAGGCAGAAGCUGCUCGAAUCAGGGAGAAGUAUCCUGAUAGAAUACCGGUUAUUGUGGAGAAGGCUGAAAGAAGUGACAUACCUGACAUCGACAAGAAGAAGUAUCUGGUUCCUGCUGAUCUGACUGUUGGGCAGUUUGUAUAUGUGGUCCGGAAGAGGAUAAAGCUUAGUGCUGAGAAGGCCAUAUUUAUCUUUGUCAAGAACAUCUUGCCACCAACUGCUGCCAUGAUGUCUGCCAUUUAUGAGGAAAACAAAGAUGAGGAUGGUUUCCUUUACAUGACUUAUAGUGGCGAGAACACUUUUGGAUCAUUCUGAGUGCUGUGAAGCAAUUAUAUGUACAUUAUAAUUUAAGAAGGAGAAGAACGAGAGUCUAUGUAUAUUCUUUGCUGUCAGCUCUUAUUGAUGCAAUCCCAGCUCUUUUAUCUUCCCCCCCCCCCCCCCCCCCCCACACACACACACCCAACAGAAAAAUACUCUCGUUGAAGCUGAUGCUAUGCAGUAAAUAUUUUAUGUUUAUCCUAUUCCUAGGGAUGCUACGAGAGGUAUUUCCUAUAUAAGUGUUUAUUAUAUAGUACUCUUGGAUUGUGAAUUGACUGACUGUGUGCCUGCACUGGUGUUUCCAAA